AUGGCGGUUAAGCUUAAGAAGGUGAUGUGGAUGUGUAGUGACGUGGAGGGGGUUACUAGUGGGGUUGAUCCUAACCGUGUGGGUUGCUUGUUGGGGAAGGGUCGAAGAACGUGGUGGAGGGUAGUGGGUGUGAGUUUCCGAGUGAUGGGUUGGAGAUUGACAAUGUUGUGCUUAAGAGUUGUAGCUAUUAGAUGA